AUGUUUCUCUCGCUCUCUGUUUCAUUUAAUUAUUGAUUCGACUCCCGGUAGAGUAAAACAGAAAACAUAUUAACCCAACCCACUCACAGUUGAGAUAACAGCAAUGAUUCAUCACACAGCUUUUUAUUUAGAUCUACCUAGAUCUAGAUCUAGAUCUAGAUCUAAAUCUAGAAUCUAGAUCUCGUUCUAGAAUAUCUAGACCUAGAUCUAGUCUAGUUCUACUUUAAACUUUAAAACUUUUGUAAUAAUAAUAUCCAUUCAUUUUGAACUCACUAAGAAAGUGUAUUUGAGUGCAUCUCAUUACAUUAUACAAGCAGAGAAUCAGAUCUAGAGACAACAUGGAUUUAAAGAUACCCUUUAGGUGUCCACAUUGUGGUGACACUCAGAAGUUUGACACCUUGCAAGAUUUACGCCACCAUUUAGAAGGACAGCAUUCUUACCGCUCCAGGAGACGAAUAAACUUAUCCAAUGGAAGCUCAUUCUCAGGGCGCCAUUCUCCAUUGAUGGAACUCUUUCAUGCUGAUGCUCAAAAACUGGAGGAGUCACUUAGGAAAUAUAAAGAAGAUGAGCUGAAUAAUAAAAGAAUUAGAAGAGAAAAUGUAGGGACCCAUUUAACAAAGAGUCCAGCCUAUAGUGAAAGAAAACAUUUUAAAGAAAAAGUUCGAGACGGGAAUCAGCAUAGAUUUAAAAAUUACCCUGUAGAAACAGCUAUUUACAAUGUGGGAGCUCAUAAACAGCAAUCAUUUAUUUCUGGCGCUUUAUCAGAUUCUGAUGUAGAAUUUUACCCUACUAAAUUAGAGAAUCUUCACUCCAUUCCACUGUAUUCAAGAUCAAACCCAAGAAACUUGGGAGAAAGGCAUGUGAAAGAAACUUUGUCUUCUUUAUCUCAUGAGGUGAUGCAUGAACGAGCCACUCAGCAAGCCACUGCAGACUCCUUGUAUUCCACUGAAGAAUUACUCAUUAAUGUUGAACAGGCUGCGGAAAUUAAAAUAGCCCAGCAGCAAAGAGUUAUAGAAACUCUAGCAGAAAAACUCAAGUUUAAAGAAAAGAGACUCGAGAUGAUAACAAAACAGAUAGAGAAUCUAGGCCAGCAGCAAAUUGAGAACCUAGAGAAAGCUCACAAGCUGCAAGAACAGUCUGACUAUACUACAGAACUUCUUCAACAGCAGCUCCUUCAGAAACAAAAAGAACUUGAUGCAUUAAACUUAAAGAUGGAAAAAAUGCAUGAUUAUUUUAACAAGGGGGAUAAGCCAGAGAAAUUAAAACUUGAUGAGAGUACAAAAGGGUUUAAAUUGGUCAAUGAAAAGAAUUUACAUGACACAGACACACCGAAAGACUUCAGGCUUCAAAAUCUUAGGUCACCGACCAUUCAGCAUGUGGCUGAUAAUGUAAGUAACCCAGGCAUUUUGAUUGACAGUCCUAGAAGAACAAUUCCUGCUGAUACAAAUUCAAAAGAUAAGGAGCUCAUCCUCAUAAAGACAAAAGCACAUCAGCUUGACAGAGAUCGGCAGAAUUUGUUGUUUGAAAUGCAGAGUUUACUCGAAACAGCAGCAUUGGACAAUGAAAAACUUCAAUCAGAACUGGAAAGUCAAAGACAAGAGUUAUCCCAACUUAACAGUGAACUUGAGCAUUCUAAGCAUGAACAGACAGAGUUGUUAGGGGAGACAAAUGCCCUAUACCACCAAGCAGAUGUCAGCUUAGCCAAGCUGAAGACACUAUUGAAGGAGAGAGAGCAUCAGCUGGCAAGUCUGACUAACUCCUUAGAACAAGCUAGAUCCACCCAGGCCAGGCUUGCUCAGGAGAGAGAUGAAUGCUUGAAGCUUGCAGCAGAGAGGGAGGCGAUUUACCAAACAAAAAUCUCAUCCAACAAAGUUCAGGUGAAGGAAAUGAAGGAAACUUUAGACAAUAGCUUGUCUGAAAAGAAAAAACUGGAGAAAGAUUUGAUCAAAUUAAAGACUGAAUUAGACGCUAAAGAUGGGAAGGAUAAACAGCUGUUGGAGAAAAUGGCAGUCCUCAAGGCAAAGCUCACAGAGAGAGAAAAAAGUCAAGCUAAGUUAAAGGAAGAGCUUAAAAAAAGGGAAGAAAAACUAAAAAAGGCAAAACAUGAGAUGCAACGAAUGACCAACUAUCUGAAAGAUACAGCAGAGAAAGAGAUAGAAGCCCGGGCUAAGCUGGAGACCUUCAUCUCAGGUCUUAUAGACAGGGCAGGACAAGCUGAAGAAGAACUAGAGAGAUUAAAGGCAUCUUUUGGCCACAGUCUUCAACAUGCUGCAACACCCAGAAAACACAAGAGAGAUAUCACUGGUGCUUUAGAUCUGAGUAGUUUGCCUGGGGUCAGCCCAACAGGGUCACCCAUGCCCCAGGCUGGUGAUUUCAGUACAUCUGUUAGUGAGGAAGAACCUUCAGAGAGCAAUUUUCAAAAACACAGUACAUUGCUUAAAGGCCAGAUUUCUCCAGUUUACAAGAGAAGGACGGAAAUAGAUCGGCAUAGAGGAAGACAGGAGCAUGAUCAAAGUAUUAAUAAAAAACUGCAUGAAACAAUUAAUGUGGAAGUUUAUGUAGAUGGUGACUCUGCUCUGGAUGAUCAGAAUGAUGGGAGUGAAUGUUGUUCUAACUGCAUGCAAGAUUAUCCUGCUGUUGGUUCCAAUUUUAACCAGCUGAGACAGAUCAGUUUACAGAAGGAGCCAGCACCCCCAGCCUUACAACUUUGUUCCAACUGCCAGCAACAGUUUCACCUGCCUCGUCUUACACAGGCAUCCCCCACACAGGGGCAUUCAUCUCUACAGCAUCAAGUGUACACUUCUUCACCUCAACACACCUUAUUGAAUGCACAUCACAGGCCGUUAUCUCUCACAAACCUGCAGGAGCCUGUACACUACUUGGAUAACUUGCACUCAUUCACUCAUCCUGAUACUAAUAGCAUGCGCAUGCCCUCUUCACAACCUCACCACUCGUCAUAUUCCAUGCACCAAAAUGCAAGUCAACUGAAUGCUAAACCGUUGCACCUCUCUUCCUCAGAGCACCAAGGCAUGCAUUUUUCAAAUUUUAAUCCAACUCACUCAAGUAACAACUCACUUUUUGCAUCUAAAAAUAAAUCGUUCAGUGUUCCAGACAUUAAUAACAGAAACUUAUAUUCUGGCGCCAUGUUAGGGAGGGGUUCAUUUUUCUCAGGGCAGGCUGUAACAAGACAACAUUUACAGCCCCCUCUCUCUUAUAAUAAUACUUUAACACAUUCUGAUGAAGAAGACCUUUACAAAAGAAAUCUGUAUGACAAAAAUUAUGACUCUCCUCACCAGAAUACAAAUUCGUUGUUUGAAAAUACACCAGAGGUGGCAACAAUGUUUGAAAAUCUGUCCAAAAAUCCCUUGUACACACAGUAUCUUGAUGUUCCUUCUCUGCCAGGUUUUCAUGUCAGAGGUUACAGAACUGGCAACCAUUCCAGACAACCACCAGAAAAAGAACUGGACCGCAGCGCUGGUCUGUCUAUAGAUGAAAAUGGGAUUCUCUGGGAGCAGGUACCGUCCAGUGGCUUCAGUCCCUUGUCCAAGUCUUCAAGAAAAAACUUUCCAGGCAGGCCAGCCAAGCAAGGAAACAUGGAACUCUUCAAGCUUGGAGAUGACACUGAUGUUGAUGAGGACUUGACAGACUACCUAAAUGAGGAUGAGCUUAAAUCAUAUGACCAGAACUCAAAGGUUAAAUUAAGCCCAAUUAAUAAAGCUAAAAUUUCAUCUCUGCAGAAAGACCCCAUACCACUAGGGGACAAAAUAGCCAAACUUUUGACUUCACUAAAUCCAACUGAGUCUGCAGCCAGGGAAGACUAUCAUAAAAACUUGUACACACAGAAUCUGAAGCAACCAACACAUGCAUCUAAAGCAGCAAAUGAGUAUUCUUCAGAGGAGUCUUCUCCAUCAAGUCCACUACACAAAGCCCAACAAGUUCAGAAGAGAGUAGAGCAGUUAACAAAUGAGAGACCCAAGUUUGUCAAUACUUUGUCUAAGCAGUCAUAUGGGUUUGAUGUCAGUCAGUUAGACUCUGACUUGUCAGUCAGCAGCUAUGCAUCAUUGAGUCAAGUAAAAAACCAACAUCGUGAAGCACAUGUGAAGCCCAUAGAGAAAAAUGAAGAAACAAAACCUUUAGAGGAAGAUGUAAUGGUAGCCACCCAUGUUAAAAGGGGCCCAAAGAACCCCAGUCUUACUGUAGAACCAAUAGAAGCUCCAGCAGCAUCAACACCAGCUAAAGGAAGUCUUGGUGCUAAAAUACACAACAAACCUGAACCUGAAGCAGGUGUCCCCAAACAUCAGCCUGAUGAAAAAAGUACUCAAGCUAAAGAAGAAUUUACCUUACCAAAAAUAUGUAAUGCAAAAGAAAAUGAGAAGAUAGACUUGCCAAUACAGACUGAUACAAAAGAUACCAAAGAAACAAAUGUUCCUAAGGUGUCUAAUAUCACAACUUUUGAUCAGAGUGUAAAGAAUGUAAAUGCUGCUUCACAAGAGAAACAAACUCAUGAACCGGCUAAAGAAGCAGAUGAAGAUCUGGCUAAAUACCAAGAUGUUGAAUUAAAACCAGCUCGCGAGCUCAGGGUUAGAACUUUAAACAGCGCCACCUCAGAAGAAGAUUUAUUGGACUCAGAAAGUAAAGAGAAGCAAGAAACCCUUGUUGAGGAGGUGACAGACAACUCCAAUACACAUGACGCAGCAGAGUUCAUUGGUGAUACCUCGCUAGAAAACUUCACUGAUGACACUGAGGGGCCAGCUUUUAACCCUAAAAGAAAGGAGAGUGUUGACGCCUCCACUGAUACAGACUUAGAGAAACUGGCCAAACCAGGUUAUUUACAAAAAGGUUUAACUGUGAAAAAAAAUGUGCCAACUGUCAAGUUUAUAAGAAAGAAGAGAAAACAAAGACCCCCGUUAAAGCAGACACAUUCCCAGGAGUUGUUGUCAUCAGACACUGAAGAUUUAGAUGACAAUGAAAAGAUUAAACAGGCAGCGCUGAGAAGGAUGAGAAUUGCCCUGUUUCGUGUUUUUGCCUAUCUGGACACAGCCAGCCUAUUGGUGGCGUCAACAGUGUGUAGGGAGUGGAGAAAGGUCAGCAGACAUCCUGCCCUAUGGAAGUCUGUUUGGUUAGAAAACAAAACUAUUUCCAGUUCUUUUCUGCUGACCUUGUCUCAGUGGUGUACACAGACACAAGCUUUCACUCUACAAGGUUUGAGGGGAAGAGGAAUCAGGGCUGAUGAGUCACCAGAGAUUUAUCUUUCUGCUGUCAGGGGAAGUUUGGAGCCUGGGUUGGAGAAGUUUUUGUCAGCCUGCCAGAACACUAUUUCAAGUCUUCAUAUCUCAGACUGUGACAACAUCAUCACCGACAAAUGUCUGUGGCUAGUGAGUGGCUACUGUCGUCUGCUGACCAAACUGACCUAUCAGAGUAAACUUGACCCCAUAACACCCCAGCUAAUGUGGGCUCUAGGGGGAGGAUGUCCGGGUGUCACGUCCCUGUUUGUACAACCUAAGUAUCCGUGUGAAAAAGUGAACGCAAUGAACAACCGUUGCUUGUUGUUGAUUGGUCAGUUUUAUAAAGACAUUCAGGACAUUGGAUUAGGCGGGAAGGAAUUUGAUACUGCUGGACUGAUUUCACUCAUUCAGUCCUGUCAACGUUUACGCAACAUCCUGUUUGACCACAGCAUAGUGAUGACAUCAGAUGUGGCAUCUGCCCUGUGUAAAGCAGGUCUCAAACAACUCCAGUCCAUCUCUAUCGUUGGCACAUCAGUAGAAGCUAAGGCAAUACAAAGUUUUCAGGGAAACUGUCGCCAGCUAAAGAAGAUUUACAUCAAAAUGAAUAUUGAAGACUGUGUCACUGAUCCUACAAAGAAGAAAGACAAAGAGCAAUACAAAAAAUUGGUCAAAGCCUUACAGACACUAAAAACAAAGGCUGGAUUUACAAAUAUCCUCACAUUGGAUUUGGGUCCUGCUGAAUAAAGUAGACAGUCUAUUUUUAGAUGACAAGGAAUCUCUGUUAAAAAUUUGUGAUUUUAAAUUUUGCAAAAAUUAUUUUUAUAGAAUUAUUACAUAUUUCUGUUAAUUUAUAUUGACCAUACCUUGCAAAACAAUAUUUUUUUUACAAUCGUUGUUUCACUCUAUUAUUGAUAUGAUUUUCUUUAAAAAAAAUCACAUUUUAAAGUUGUUUUUUUUAUUAGUUGCUUGAUUGUUUACACCCAUUUACAGUUUAUAGCUGACACUCCACAAAUUUGAUGUGAUAUAAAAUGUUCACAUAGAAAUAUAAAUAAAAUGUUGAAUGAGUUUUAUAACAAAAUCAAACUGUUCUGAUGUCACAGGAGAAAUGUUGACUUGCAAAUUAUUUGUCAAAUCCAUUUUCUCUUACUGCAUUUUUUGUUUUAAAUUUUGUUUCUUUAUAUUAGCAGAUUUUUAAACUUUGUUUCUUUACAUUUGUAGACUUUUAAAAAAUACUCAUCUCUCUGCAUUUUAUUUUUACUUGACAAUUUUCAAUGAAAACAUUUUCCUAUUUAGUUAUAAGCUAGUACCUUUUAUUAAAAUAAAAUGUAUUGUAUUGAAAUAUAUUUUUAU